AUGAGAUUCCAGGAGUGCCAGAUAACGGGGACGAGGAGGAGGACAGGACGGAGCCGAUGGGGGGCUGGCUGCUGGACGAGGAGGAGGAGGAAGAGGAGAAUGGGUCCUGGGUGGGACGGCGAGGAGGAGACGGAGCCGCUGCCGCGGCCGCCCGGGCUCGUCCGCCGGGCGGCGGCAAGCAGCGGCGGGUCGACGGGCUGCCCCGGGGGGCGCGCGGCCGGCUGCCCCGGGGGCGGCGGCGGCGGUGGCCCCGGGGGCGGCGGCAGGACGCGGAGCUGGAAGGCGGCUGCUACUGCUGCAGGGCCGGAGCGGGCCGCGGCUGAGCGAGACACCCACACGCGGCUGGCCACCCGCUACGCCGUGCGCAUCUUCCGCGAGUACCUGAGCGAGAAGGCGCAGAGCCCCGACUUCGAGACGAUGGACAAGGGGGCGCUCUGCCGGGUCCUGCGCUCCUUCUACGCCGAGGCGCGCUCCAAGAGCGGGCAGCUCUACUCCAAGUCCUCCCUCAUCAGCAUCCGCAGCUCCCUCAACCGCUACCUCAACGAGCCGCCCUACUGCCGCACCCUCGACCUCACCAAGGACCCCGAGCUCCGCGCCGCCAACCUCACCCUGGCUGCUGUCAUCCGCAAGCUGGAGGAGCAGGGCGCCGGGCCGGUGGUGCAGAAGCAGGCCAUCACCCGCGCCGACCUCCGCAAGCUCUACACGUGCAGCGUCUUCAGCACCCAGAGCCCCUUCGGGCUCCUCAACAAGGUCUGGUUUGAGACCUGCAUGUACUUCUGCACCCGGGGCCGGGAGAACCAGCGGGAGCUGGAGGAGGACUCCUUUGGGCUGGCUGUGGAUGAGGACGGACGCAAGUUCGUCUACUUCAAGGCGCUGGGGCCCUACCACAAGUCACGCUCAUCCUCAUGGAGCAAGAAGCGGGCAGAGAGCAGCGAUGAGGAGAACCUGCCCCGCAUGUAUGAGACUGGCACAGAGUUCUGCCCCUAUGCCAGCUUUGUCAAGUACCUCUCCAAACGCAACCCCCUCUGCAAGGCCUUCUUCCAGCGCCCACGGGACCACUGCAGUGAGGGUGACAUAACCUGGUACGAGAACAAGGCCAUUGGGAAGAACCUCCUGGGUACCCGCAUGCAGAUGCUCUCCAAGGCGGCCAAGCUUUCCAAGACCUACACCAACCACUGCAUUGGUGCCGUCUCCAUUGCCACUCUCAACAGUAUUGCUGGCAUUGGCACCAAGCUGGGAGGACUGCAGCCACCCCACCACCACCCCUCUCCCCACCACCACCACCUCCUCCACCCCGCUGGCGGGGGCUGCUACACCCCUUCUGCCCUCAAUGGUGGACCACGGCCCCGGCCGCCCACUGCCAACCCUUACGUGCUGCCCAAAGAUGGUGAUGCUGCGCCAGUGAAAGCAGAAGCGGCCGCGGUGGCCCCGGCCAAGCGGGCGCUCUACGAGGCGGUGUUCCCAGCGGGGGCUGCGGCCGGCGGUGACGCAUGCGGGCCCUCUGCCUCCCCCAAAAGACUCUGCCGCCGCCCCGCUGAGCCCCUGGACGCCACUGCGCCCGCCGUGGUGGUGGUCUCAGUGAAACAUGACCCCUUGCCUCACCUCCUCCCCGAAGCAAAUGGGCACAGAAGCACCACCUCACCCACAGUAGUUUCACCUGCUAUUGUUUCCCCCACACAGGUCCCGAUCUGCUCUGAAAUCCCAGCAAGGCUCAUUUUACCAAGGAAAUGCAACCACAGUCUCUCCAGCACUUGCAGCACCUAGCGAGUGUAUGUGCUCAGCAGUGCCAGCAUCUCAAGGAGGAGAAGGCUGUGAGCAGCCAACAUUUGGGAUGUGCAGCAAGGGACCCCUAUCUUGA